UGAAAUCACGGCCGCAGCCGUAGCAGCCGGUGGCGUAAACAAAAAAAAUCGUAGUGAACGCAUUAACGCACAGCUGUCUAGUAAAGUUACAGUAAAGUUUACUAAAUAGAGCAAUGUUUGGUUGUAAAAAAAGCUCGUUUUGAGUUAAUCGGCUUGGAUAUAUAAAAGGAUUUGUAAUACCUACGAACAAGUAGCUUGCUAGCUAGCUAGCACAGGACGCUAUGUUAGCCUUGUGUUUAAUUAGCCGGAUAUUAUGGGAUGUACACGGUCUGAUCUAGUUGCACACGUCCAUGAGAUCGGACUGUGAUGUUCAGUCUGAUGGCGAACUGCUGCAGCUGGCUGAAACGGUGGAGAGAGCCUGUCAGGAAGGUGACGCUGGUAAUGGUGGGACUGGACAAUGCUGGGAAAACUGCCACAGUACGGGGCAUCCAAGGAGAGUGUCCUCUAGAUGUGGCUCCAACGGUGGGCUUCUCCAAAGUGGACUUAAAGCAGGGCAGAUUUGAAGUCACCAUCUUUGACCUCGGUGGGGGGAAGCGGAUCCGGGGCAUCUGGAAGAACUACUACUCCGAGUCGUACGGUGUGGUGUUUGUGGUGGACUCCAGCGACGUGCAGAGGAUCCAGGAGACCAGAGAGACCAUGGCAGAAGUGCUGCGGCACCCUCGUAUCGCCGGCAAACCCGUGCUAGUGCUGGCCAACAAGCAGGACCGAGACGGUGCGAUGGCUGAAGCUGACAUCAUCGAGAGUCUGUCACUGGAAAAGCUCGUCAACGAGAACAAGUGUCUCUGUCAGAUCGAACCGUGCUCGGCCGUCCUGGGCUACGGUAAGAAGAUAGACAAGUCCAUCAAGAACGGCUUGAACUGGCUCCUGAACAACAUCGCCAAGGACUACGAGGCGAUCACGGAGCGCGUUCAGAGGGACACGGCCGAGCAGCGCGUACAGGAGGAGCAGGAUAAGAAGGAGAGAGCGGAGCGAGUGAAACGCAUCCGAGAGGAGAGAGACAGACAGGAGCAUGAAGAGGUGGAGAAAGCAGGCAGGCAAAUAAAGGAGGAGGAGUCUGAGGAUGCUGAUAUGUCCAACCCAUUCCUGCCAAUCAACCAUAUCGUUGCAGAGAAUGAAAACAAACUGAAAAAAGAAAUGGAGACGAAAAAGGAAGGAGAAGAGCUCACGGAGGACGGCGUCCCGGAGCCUAAGAGCAAACAGGAGGUGGAGGAGGACGAGGAAGAACACGACGAGGAAGAGAGCGAAAGACAGACGCCAGAGAGCCCUGAAUCAGGUCCGACAGACCAGACCAAAAAGAAGAUAAAGAAAAUACGUCUCAAGCGGAAAAACCGAGUCGACCCUCUCAUAACGGACGACGCAGCCAAGAGCCCGACUCCACCCUCCGCACCCGUUGGAUGGGCUACUCCCAAAGUUUCUAGACUCCCCAAGCUCGAACCUCUCGGAGAUACGAGGCGUUCUGAUUUCUAUGGCAAGCCCCUCCCACCUGUAGCAAUUAGACAGAGACCAAACGGAGAAACCCAUGAUGUCAUUUCCUAGCCCCUCCUUCUCCUCUCCCCAUCCUCCCAAAAGGUUUGAGAUGCUUCGUCUCCACCAAUCACGCUCUGCAUUUUUUUUCUUCUCAUUUCUCUCGUCUCCAAGCCCGGGCCGUGUAAAUACGCACCAAUCACCAGCCAGAGUCAGCGAGAGGAACCAAUCAGCUUACUCUGAGGGAUCACGUGACCGACCGAGGACAGGAAUGCUACAAAGAAUUUUGGAUCAUUUGAAACAUUCAGCUGUGACUGAAUUCGGACCUACAUUACAAAAAUGAAGCCGUUUUAUUUUUUCAUCCAACGACGAAGCAUUAUAAUCUUAAAUAAAAAGAUUAUAGUGUUCAUCCAAUUAGAUUAAAGAGUGUCUAAUCUUUAUUUUUAACUGAAUCACAUAACUGUGAAAUCUGUGCUUUUUGGAACAGGACACUUUGGCAUAUAUUAAGUAUCACUACAACUGUGCUGAACAAACUCAAACUGUAUCGAUUAGACUUGCUCAUUUUUUUUUUUUUUUUUUUUUUUUUUUUUUAACAUAGACGUCUUUUCAGAAUUUCACCGGUUUUCAUCUUCAACGCUGUCAACAACUUCCACAUUGUCACCAGCAGAGAAAUCACACAACAUACUUUUAAAGGAAAAAAUCACCCUGAACGUCUUUCCUAUUAAUCUUGAGUAAUUAAAACCGUGAGCUUCACUCGCAACGAAGAUUUAAUUUGUAUUGAACAGAAACAGGGGGGCACGGUGGCUUAGUGGUUAGCACGUUCGCCUCACACCUCCAGGGUUGGGGGUUCGAUUCCCGACUCCGCCUUGUGUGUGUGGAGUUUGCAUGUUCUCCCUGUGCCUCGGGGGUUUCCUCCGGGUACUCCGGUUUCCUCCCCCGGUCCAAAGACAUGCAUGGUAGGUUGAUCGGCAUCUCUGGAAAAAUUGUCCGUAGUGUGUGAUUGCGUGAGUGAAUGAGAGUGUGUGCGCCCUGUGAUGGGUUGGCACUCCGUCCAGGGUGUAUCCUGCCUUGAUGCCCGAUGACGCCUGAGAUAGGCACAGGCUCCCCGUGACCCGAGGUAGUUCAGAUAAGCGGUAGAAAAUGAAUGAAUGAAUGAA